AUGGCAAUAUCUCAAGGCAGCACACUCGAAUCUGUCUCAGAGACACCUGUCGCUGCCACAAAGGUAAACGGCAAUCAUUUUGCGCCCACCGAGUUCCAAUACCCAAAGCACGUACUUGGACAGCCCCGUCCUCUCCGGGUCAUCAUCAUUGGAGCAGGCAUUGCAGGUAUCGCUGCUGUCAAGCUAUUCAAAGAACGCUUCGAAGGUCUCCCGGUCAGUCUGACGAUAUACGAGAAAAAUGCCGAUGUAGGGGGAACUUGGUUAGAAAACAGAUAUCCAGGGUGCGCCUGUGAUGUGCCGGCGCACGGAUACACGUUCUCGUGGGAGGGGAAUCCGAACUGGUCGACGGCAUACGUGGCGGCUCCAGAGAUAUGUGAGUAUUUCCAGGGGCGCGCCAAAGCAUAUGGAGUAUAUGACUAUUUACAUGUCAACCACCGCGUUGUGGGCGCUGUUUGGAACAAGAAGCUGGGGGUUUGGGAGCUCGGGGUGGAAGACCUCGCCCAGUCACGGACUUUCACCGACCAGGCUGAAGUGGUUAUCAAUGCCACUGGAUUUCUGAAUAAGUGGAAAUGGCCUGAAAUUCGUGGCCUCGACUCGUACAAGGGUCAUAAAGUCCAUUCCGCUAGAUGGGACGAUUCUUUUGAUUUUACGGGGAAAAGGGUUGCAGUGAUUGGAAAUGGUUCCUCGGCAAUUCAGAUUGUGCCAAUUCUGCGAGCUGUUGUGAGCCACUUGGUGUCGUUCAACCGAUCUCCCACUUGGAUCACUCCCGAGUUUGGCCAGGAGUUCGCCCCCGAGGGUCGCGAACAGGUAUUCACCGAAGAGCAGAAGUCAGCGUGGGCCAACGACCCGAAAGGGUUUCUGGAAUAUCGAAAGCGAGUCGAAACCACCAUGAACCAGGUUUUUGACCUGUUCUAUAAAGAUUCUCAGAUCCAGAAGGAUUCAACGCAGCAUUUUCGGCACAGUAUGAAACAGAGGCUCGGGAAGAAAGGGUAUCUUGCGGACAAACUUGUUCCGAACUUUGCGGUGGGAUGUCGAAGGGUCACUCCGGGACAUAAUUAUCUUGAGUCCCUCGCCGAAGACAACGUGACGAUUGAGACGGGACAGAUUCUGCAGAUCACGCCGGACGGCCUUGAGAUGGAGGACGGAACCAAGUACACAGAAAUCGAUGCUAUUGUGUGUGCGACUGGGUUUGAUACAUCUUUCCGACCCGCCUUCCCAGUCGUGGGAGAACAACAAGAUCUGAGGGAGGUCUGGAAGGAUGAGCCCACGUCCUACCUCUCCAUCGCCGCGCCCGGCUUCCCAAACUUUUUCUUUGCUACGGGGCCAAACUGUCCCCUCGCAAAUGGCACGUUCGUGCCUUGUCUCGAGCGAACCAUGUCCUACAUCUUUGAGCUGGUUGCCAAGAUGCAGCGGCAAGGAAUCAAGUCGGUUUCGCCAAAGCAAGAGGCACUCAGAGAUUUCCAAGAGUACAAGGACUCCUUGAUGAAGGACCUCACCUGGACCAGUGGCUGUCGAUCGUGGUACAAGAACGGUCAGGUUGAUGGCAAGGUCUGGGGCCCGUGGCCCGGGAGCGCCCUACACUUCCUGGAGGCAAUGGCAGAGCCGCGGUGGGAAGACUGGGAUCUUAAGUACAUAACGGGUAAUCGAUUCUCAUAUUUCGGCAACGGCAAGACAAGCAGGGAGGAGCAAGGCGGCGACCUGGGCUACUAUGUGACACAGCCAGGUGCCUAG